AUGUCGCGCUUUGCCGAACUGAACUAGACAGCUAGACAGGCUGUUCGCGUACUCCGUCGAUUUCUCGCCUGUUCCUCGCGCGUCGCAGCUCCAAUCGUUAUUUCGAUCGCAUUUGCACAUUGCCAGCGUCCGCGUCGACGUCCCGGCGCGAUUAUGACGUCGGUCCAUGAGCCGACGUCGCACGUAAACGACAUUUCGUCAUCGCGGAAGCGAACAUAACCCCUCCGAGAGACAAUGAACCGCCCUGUUCCCAAAUCAAUCUCCUAAGGAGACUGAGUUUGUGACGUCGAGCAGAUUAUAUUCGAUUAAUCCCUGGCUGAAUAGUCAACAUGGGACUGCUGUUCGCGAAGUUGUGGAGCUUCUUCGGCAACGAAGAGCAUAAAAUAGUUAUGGUUGGUUUGGACAAUGCUGGAAAGACAACAAUAUUAUAUCAAUUCCUGAUGAACGAGGUUGUCCAUACGUCUCCGACCAUCGGAUCCAACGUAGAGGAAGUUGUGUGGAAGAAUAUUCAUUUUAUCAUGUGGGAUUUGGGUGGUCAGCAGAGUCUGAGAGCUGCCUGGUCUACUUACUACACGAAUACUGAAUUUAUCAUUAUGGUCAUAGACAGCACUGACCGAGAGAGGCUCGGUAUGAUUAGGGAAGAGCUCUAUUCGAUGCUGAACCACGAGGAGUUGAGUAAAGCCAACGUUCUGGUCUACGCCAACAAACAAGACUUGAAGGGCAGCAUGACCGCAGCUGAGAUUUCAAGACAAUUGGAUCUGACAUCUAUCAAAAAACACCAAUGGCAUAUACAGAGCUGUUGCGCUCUCACUGGAGAAGGAUUAUAUCAGGGACUGGAAUGGAUCGUCGGACGUUUAAAAAAGACAUGACGUACAUUAUGAGUCAUUUAUAAGUCUAAUGAAAUAUCCAAAAUGUAAAAUAUGUUAUUGAGCUAAGUUAGUUCUGGUUACAUACUUUGACAGUUAUACGAAAGAAGAAAGCAGCAUGGGCUGUCGCGUUUCGUUCAUUAAUUUAAAUCUCUUGGUAUGAUCCUCAAAGUGCAUCUGAUUACUUUAUUGCCGCAGCCACACUUAAAGAACGGUGGACGGGUUUGUUCUUCAGCUACUAAUUGCACUGGCUGCUUAUGCAAUAAAAGGAAAGUUUGGUAUUGUUCUUGUGACAUAAGAAGUCUCAACUCGUUCAAUACAGAGAUAAGAAAAGAAUCAAGACAAGUAGAAAUGUACAAAGUAAAUGUACAAAGCGAGAUGUUAGUGCUAGUUAAGUGAAUGCUACAAAGAAAGAUAAUUAUUUUUUGCGUCCAUAUACAAGAUGUAUACUUGAUUGAUUAUCAUAGUUAAAUAAUCAUUGAACAUAACGACAAUAUAAUUUAAUUUGUUAAAAGGGAAAUUAUCGAUUGCUUAUGCGAAUUAUGUUAUCAUUUGCAUGGUGAAAGUACGAGAUUUCUUAUCCCGUCCACCUACAGUAAAAUUCUGCAGUAAAAAAGGCAGUUAAAAUAAAUGGAAGGAGGCAACUCGUUAUUUGUACUCAGUUGAUAUGUAAGAACGCAAGAAAAUGUACAUAGUUUUUUAUACUUCUCGUUAAGAGAGCGAGCUCUGUAAAAAAUGAGAAAAAAAUAUAAUGCCGGACAAAAGAAAAAGUGCAAAAUCUUGCGACAUUUCCGUACGUAAAGACCGAGCAGAUUCAUGGCCAGGUAACCCGAUUGAGGAAAACUUCUCAAGGCAGAAUAUGCUCUGUGUGAUACGUGGAUUCAAUUCUGAGACAGUUGUUUGCCGAUUAUAUCAUGUAACAGAUGUGGCUUACAUGAUACGCGGAAAAAAAACCCAACGAAGAGUGGGCUGAUAAAGCUCGAUGGAAGGCUGAUAAUAUUCUUAGGAUGCGACAUACGUAAUAUCGCGACAGGUGAAUGGGAGCUUUAAAUCAAAAACUCGCCUAUUGACUCACUGAUUUACUGAACGAUUUCAACCUGUUCCGUUUUAUUUUUCUUGGCAGUGAGGAAUAUUAUAAGUUUAAUAUGUAUAUCUAAUUGAUAUAGUUCACUACUAUAACUGCUCCAAGUGAUGUUAUUAUCUAAAGCGCAAAUUUUUAGUUAUUUAAGGAAACGUAUCUUCCGGUUCCAUUCACCUGCGGUUACUGUGUGCCGCCAGGAUGAUGGAUGUACUAAUGAAAGUCCGUGACACAAAGGAAUCAUCUUGUCUCCAACUUUGACAGCUGUCUCGUCUUUGCUUUAUUUAAAUUGUAAAUGUAAUCUAUUUUUUUUUAUGUAGCAUUAAAUACUCCAGUAGAUAUAAUAUUAAUUAUCUUUAGCUUUAAAAAAAAGGGGAAAUUGUCAGUGUGUGCUCUAAAAGAUUAAUGGGUACACGCAAAGAUGACUACAGGCGUUAACAUCAUCACGCGGUGGGAUAUAAAUGCCGUCUAAUGCUAGAGUGAGAUCAUAACACUUAAAGUUAACGCCAGCUUUCUCAUAUUGAGAAACGGGUUCUUAAAUGUUAAUGACACAUAAGAGUCGUAUCUCCCGUGUACAUUGUUCGCUCCUCAAAAUUCUAUGCGGAGUAUAUUAUGCCGAAUCUACACUCGUCGAAUUUAUCCACGGCGUCCGUCUUCUCUAUUUAACGGUAAUUGUGUAAAAAA